AUGACUACUGAAGGCGAAAAGUUGAGGCUGGUCAUCAUCGGUGGCGCCAGGGGGGGAAUGUCAGCAGCGGUUCGAGCACGGCGGCUGGAUGAGAACGCGUCAAGCAUCGUUAUUGAACGAGCCUCCUACAUCAGUUACACGAAUUCUUUUGUGCCUUACAGCUUGGGCAGUGUCAUUGAAAGGGAUACGCUGAUCGCACUGCAAACCCCCGCAGGGCUCAGUGCUCGAUUCAACCUGGACGUGCGGGUUUGUACCGAGCUUGUCAGUAUCUCGAGGGAGCAUCAUUCGGUUACCGUGAGAUGUCGAAAGACCGACACCACCUAUGACCUACCGUACGAUAAGAUGAUCCUUGCGCUGGGCGCAGAUCCCGCUAUUCCCCCUAUUGCAGGUAUAAGAAAAGCCAAUGUGUUCCCGUUGCAUACCCUCGCUGAUCUGCAGACCAUCCGAUCCUUUGUGGUGAAAAAUGACUGCCGUGAAGUAGUAAUCCUGGGCGGGGCCUUCGCGGGCCUCAAAGCCGUGGAAAGUCUGUACAGCUUCGGCCUACGUGUCAGCGUGGUUGAGGCUGGUGACCGCCUCUGUCCGGAAUUUGAUCCGGAUUUUGCCAAUAUCAUGCAGAACGAGCUCAUGAAGAAAGGAGUCCAGAUCUAUCUCGGGUCGGAGUGUCAAAUGAUCGCAGAAGCAGAUGCCAGCGACCUGUGCUACGUGGAGGUAAGCGAUGGCUCUAUCCUCUCCGCGGACCUGGUAGUUGUAGCCACAGAACCCGAGCCUCGAGUCCGGCAUGCUAAGAACGCAGGUCUUGAGGUCCGGAAAGGGAUUGUGGUCAAUGCAUUCAUGCAGACAAGUGAUCGUGACAUCUAUGCGGUUGGCAGUGUGGCGGAGGUUAUGAACAGUAUCUCCCAUAUGCCUCAGGUGUCAUCCAUGAGCGGACCUUUGAAUCGACAGGGUCGCCUCGCAGCGGAUCACAUCUUCAAACGAGCUACAGCUUACCGUGGCACCUGUGGAACCCGUGUCUACCACGUCUUCCACUUGACAGGGGCUAUCACCGGGCUCUCAGUGUCCGACCUCAAGCAGAUUGGAUACGACCCUCAAUCUGUGACAAUCCACCAGCCGGACCAUGCUGGGUACUUCCCAUCGUCCCACCAGCUAACGUUAAGAGUGGCCUUUGAACCAGCAAGUGGCGUCUUGCUGGGCGCUCAGAUUGUCGGACAUUCUGGCGUGGACGGCCGCAUCGAUGUGCUAGCGACAGCCAUUCAGGCCGGGAUGACCGUGUUCGACUUGGAGCCUCUCGAACUUUCCCACCUGCCACAAUACGGCUCAGUGAAGGAUCCAGUCAAUCUGGCCGGCUCGGUAGGAAGUAACCUGCUACGUGGGGACCUCCAUACAGUCCAUCCUCAAGACCUCCAAGGCCAUCUCCAUGAAUGGCAGAUCAUUGAUGUGCGGUCCGCAGAGCAUUUUGCACAAGGCCAUCUACCACUCACUCGAAACAUCCCGAUCGACUCGCUAAGGUCAAGACUGGAUGAGAUUGAAAAGGACCGCCCGGUACUGGUCUGCUCUAGGGUAGGCUAUCAUGGCUACCUGGUCUACAGAAUGCUAGUGCAGUCUGGCUAUCAGGCUGCGAAUCUCGACGGUGGAUUGAAGUUGUUUACAGAUGGUGGAUAUCAGCCAGAAUUAGUAGUAGACGCGCCAGAAUGA